AUGAACACCAUAACACGGCCAUCUUUAGGCCAGUACGUCCCCCUCGGCACCCUCUACGACACCCGCACAGAAUCUUUCCUGUCCGGCUCCCUCCUCAGCACACACAAUCCCUCACCCUUACCUUCAACAGAAACACAAACAGAAGCAGAACCGAAACCGAACCCCACCCCGACAGACUCCAUAACCUCAAACCCGCUAACAAAAUCCACCAAAACCAUCGUCAAAACCACCUCCAUCGACGAACGCUUCAAAGCCCUAAAUGUAACACCCGACCUGGCCGCAAGCCUACUCGCCGGACUGGUUCAGCCGCAUGGUGGCUCGAGCCAGUAUCUGGCACAGCAGGGAGAUACGGUCCCCGCUGUGCAUCGGGGCGUGGUUUAUACAGUUGAGAGUAGGGCUGAGGAGUUGAGUUUUAUGGGCGGGGGUUUGCGCGAGGUGCUUGAUUUGAAUGUUUUGGAGGGAAGUCAGGCGACGCAUGUUGUUACCGGGGUGGUUUGGGGCGCCAGGGCUGUGGUUUCGGCGCAGAGGAGGGUGCUGUCUGGGGAGGAGAGGGGGGAUGUUGAAGGGAUUGCUGAGGAGGCUGUGAAAGGGUUUGUUGGUGGUGAAGAUGGGUAUAAGUGGCUGGAUUUGGACAGCCAGCAGCAGCAGCAGCCGAAGGAUGAGGUCGAUGAUAUGCUCCGCGUGAGAAUGUAUACCGACGCCAGAGAGAUCUUUACCGGCCAGACGGACAAUAUCUCUGAUGCUGCAGAGCACUUCGGUCAGUUGCAGGGACAUGUUCAGCGGACUGGGGGUGUACCGUUGAUGUAUACCUUGCUACCGGUGACGUAUCUGUCUAUGCUUGGUGCUAUUCUACCUAAUAAUGUGAUCUCUGGACAGCUGAGCAGGAAAUGCUAUGGCCAGGUCGUUGGCCUUGUUGACCAUCUUGCUUGUCUACAGCGGACAUUGAAUGCGCAUCACCACCGGCUUGUUCAGCACCGGAGCCUCGUUACCGACAGCCACUUUGCAAGAGUCAAGGAAGAGGCACGCAAGGCGAUGAAAGCUGAAGAGCAGUUCCGGGUUGCGUACUCUGCAGCGCUUCCUACCGUUCGUGACGGGACAGCAACAAGCCAAGUUGUGGUUGAUAUCGUCAACCAGGCAAAGUCCGAUAUACUGGGCCCUAACGAGCUGAACGACCUGACAAGCACAUACGACCAGAAACUCGGAUUCCUGUCCCGAAUGGUCAAAAUGGGCGCCAUCUUCCCCGAAGACGCAAAAUCCAAGCCCCAGGAAGUCAUCGGCAGGACGGCCAUUUCAUCCAACUCCUUCUAUGUCUUCCACUUCAGCGACGCCAUGGACACAUCCAGCGACUCGUGGAACGAAAACCAACAGCUCCUCGAAGACCUCCUCACCCAGCAGCCAAAACCUCACGUCCUGCUCAUCGACUGGGACAAACAACGCCCAGGCCUGACUGAGCCCUACAUCACCGAACACGCCAACGGCUCCAUCGUUGUUGAGAACCUCCUGGACCAGCACAAGGACCUCGCCGACAAACACCUAGUCAAAUACGACAGAGCCUACCUCGAAGCAACCACCGACGUGCCCAGCUACCGCAAGUCCCUCCGAAUCCCCUGCCCAGGCCCGCACUGCGACGAGCAGAAUCUCUGCCUCUGGUCCUGCGCCGACUGCCACGAGACCGUCGAGUUCGGCAGUAGAGACGGCUUUUUCUACUGCGACUGCGGGCGCGUCCCGUUCCAUAAAUCCGCAUUCAACUGCCAGGGUCCGUACCACAAGGACAAGGAGCGAGACACGGACAAGUCUACAUCAGACUUCUACCAGUUCGACCGCGCUACCCUACGCGAUCUUCUCCUCUCUCUACCUGAGCCGCGCGAAGUCAACAUCCUGAUCCUGGGCGAGACGGGCGUGGGGAAGUCGACCUUCGUCAACGCUUUUGUGAAUUAUCUCACCUUCAACUCCUUGGACGACGGGCUCAAAGACCCGAAGUUAAACUGCAUCAUCCCGUGCUCGUUCACAACGCAGGUCGUCGACCGCCAAACAGGCCGGAUGAUCAGCCGAGACGUCGUGGUAGGAAGAGAUAAAGACGAAGCAGACGGGUCAAAGGGCUCCUCCGCUACCCAGAAGGCCACCGUAUAUCCUCUUUACUUCAAAGACACGCUCAUCCGGCUAAUCGAUACGCCCGGAAUCGGAGACACGCGCGGACUAGAUCAAGACAAACAAAACAUGGCGAACAUGCUCUCCAUAUUACGAAAUUACCCUUCUCUACACGGGAUUCUGAUCCUACUGAAACCAAACAACGCACGACUAGGCGUGAUGUUCCGGUUCUGCGUCAAAGAGCUGCUAACGCAUUUACACACCAGCGCAGCCCAGAAUAUGGUGUUUGGCUUCACGAAUACCCGCGGCUCGAAUUACACACCGGGGGAUACAUUCAAGCCGCUGGAGAGUCUGCUUUCGAGCUACCAGGACGUGAUUCCGCAGCUUUCCAGGGAUAACGUGUACUGCUUCGACAGCGAAUCGUUCCGGUAUCUAGCCGCGCGCAAACAGGGCAUCGAGAUGGGACACGAGGAUGAUUACAGGCGCAGCUGGGAGCAUAGUGCCGCUGAGGCUGAUAGGUUGCUGUUGCAUUUCCAGGGUCUUCGGCCGCAUCAUACGCAGGAGACGCUUUCGCUGAACGAGACGAGGCAUUUGAUUGCGCAGCUGACGGCGCCGAUGCAGCAGAUUUCCGUCGCGAUUGGUGAUACCAUUGUGAAGAAUGUGAAGCAGGUGGCGGAGCUGCGGGAUGCGGAGGGGACGAUGGCUGGUCUGCAGGGGAAACUGCAGAUUCAUAAGACGAAUGUCUCUGCGCAGCAGCUGGAUAAACCGAAGACGGUCUGUGCGAAUCCGAAAUGCGUUGAGGCGGUCUUUGAUGAGGCGAAGAAUGAGAAGGUGUUGUUGAGGAAGAAGCUCUGCCACAAUCCAUGCUGUUUAACAAACGUCCCAGUCGGACAAGUCGGCACCCCCCAGCUGCAGAACUGCUUUGCAUUCAACGGUGAAUACUGCUCCGUCUGUGGCCACAGGUGGGACGAGCACGAGCACAUCCUCGUCGAGUACGCAAAGAGCGAAGAGACAGUAAUGGACGCUAACGUGCAACGAGAACUGAACACGACAGGAAGCCUGGUAAAAGCGAAGAAGAGCGCCAUCGCCGCGAUCGAGAGGAACAUCGCCGAGCUGAAGACCGAGCAUGCUGCUGUUCAGACUGCGGCGGCGAGGUUCAGCCUGUACCUCAAGCAUAACUCGAUCACGCACUAUAACGAUGCGACGGUCGAGUAUCUCGAGCAUCUGAUCAAGGAUGAAAAGACCAAGGUGCGGACUGGGGAUAGCAGGCAGAGACUAGAUGCGUUAGAGAAGGAUCUCGACAAUUAUAAGAAAUUUGUCGAUGCGAUGGAGCAGAAAGACAAGUCCAGUUCCAGCGCACACGCAUAUGCACCGCUGAAUGAAGCCGGCGUUGCAAAGCUGGUGCAGAGUCUGUAUAACCUGCCGCACUAUGGACAGAUGCUCAAGGACCUGGCGCAGGUCGUGGCGAGCGCGUACGAGGCAAACUUCCGCGAGCGGCCGUAUCGCAUCAGCCACAGGAAGUACUGGCGAGGACGAGACUUCCAGCACCAGCGUACUGGCAAGCCACUGGUCAAGAAGCAGAGAGCCAUAUCGCCAGGAACAGCAGCCAAGCUAGGUCGCACGUUCAUGCCUGGAGCUGGGCCCAGCGACUCGGAGAAGACUGCAUCGGAUGCCAUAUGGGAAGCAGACAACGAUUUCUGGCCUACAGCAGCGACGACGUCGACUCGGACUGCUCCGGUGAGAAGUAUCAUGGACAUGAAUGGAGAGGCCUCGAUUUCGGAGAAGGGCUUUGGCUCUGGCACUGGGAAGCAGCUGGCGAACGAGUUCUCGGCGCCGCCACCAUAUCCAGGCCCAAGAGCCCCAGGGACUCAAUUGAAUGGCCAGCUCAUUAAUGGUUCUGAGCCGGAAAAGGAGGUCGAGAAGAAGGGGAUGUGGCUACGCUUCAAGGACAAGCUGAGGAAGAAGUAG